GUGUGGCGCGCAGGGAAAAUUUGUGCAAACUCCUUCAAGGUUAAUCUGCAGAUAGUUAGGCAAAUUAUAUAUGGCUUAGCAACUUUUCGACAAGCAGUAAAAUCAAGGUUUUGGAACGUGUCUAUCGACCUUGCAGGUUUUGCAUAGCAAGGUAAUCAUCAAUAUUUCAUUUUGAUUAGCAAGCAGUGGGGUUAGUGGAUGUGUAUUCUCAAUUAAAAUUACCAGGGAACCUCUGAAAGAACCAUGGCUGAAAGAUUAGCAUCAGAAGAUGCAAGUCGGUCAUCCCAGCCUUUGCAUGGACCACGUUCUGAGCCAAGGUCACAACGACAGGCUCCUCGUCAAUAUCCAGCUAGUUUGGAUACUGAUCUAAGCCUUAUUACAGAGCUACGCAGGUCUGAAGAGGAAGCUUCAGGACACAGAUCCCUGCCCAAUAACCUGGGAUGGUCUUCAAGAGCAAGUGCUCUCUCACCAUCAGCUGCAAGUGGAGCAACAAAAAAGAAAGGAAAACACUUUGAACAGGUGAAGCUGCCUUCGAAGGCUCGUCCAGCUAGUCCCUCUUCUGAUGGUGCCCAUUUUACCAGAAAACGGCACCAUACUCCAGCUACAGUUCCAAGAACACGUCUACCUCCAGGUACUCCUCUGGCUGAAAGGUUGGCAAUGGAAAGUUUAAAGCAAAAAUUGUCUUUUGAGGAGAAACCUGAGCGUGAUGAGGAGGGUUCUAGAAGCAGAGGGGGGAGAUCAUCUCAAAAUCAAUCAUCUAGCACUGCCAAUAAUGAGAGAGCCUUACCUACACAACCAAGAGUGCCAGCUGCUGCCAGUUUACCAGUGUUGGAGAUGAAUGAAACCGAGACAGCAAGGACUUCCACAGAGGCAGCUCCUAGAUCAAGAGCCCCUAAGGUCAACACACCUUUGAUCAUUGCGAGACUAAAUCAAGUGCGGGGCUUUCUGAAACAGGCAACUGAAAUGUUUGUCACUUUACAAAGUACAGACAGUGAUAAGAGGUCCAGUGAACUGAAUGCCCAGGCAGUGAAGAUUGCAAGGCUAAUCAAACAGCUCAAGCAGCAAGAGACAGCUUAUGUAGAACUUCUUGAGCGAUCAGUGGCUGUUGAACACGAUUCAACUCUAGAAAACACACCAUCUUUGAGUCUACAGUCAUUAACAGAGGAGGAAAAGGGAACGGUGGACAAAACAUACAUUUUGCACAAGAGUGAGUCAGCAUCUCUAAGAGAUGAAGAGCUUCAAGGACUACGUCAGCAACAUGCUUUGUUAAAGAAGAUGUUGGAGCAGCAACAGCAGCUGAAGGAGCUACAAACCAGACAGGCUACUCUGUUGACCUUACAACGGGAUGCAGAAAUGCGUUUGGCUGAGGCAGAGGAAGAGGGCCAAGCAGACCCUGAUGAACCAGGUGCAACUGGAGGUGAAGUUGCUGAACCAAGCAGAAGCAGAGGUGCAUCAGGAACUUCCCAAACAUCAGCACAACUGGAUCUUGUUCCUGAGAGGCCAAGCGCUAGUGUCUUGGAUGACAGACGGUUUACACCUCAAGAAUUAGAGCUCAUCAACCUUCUCAGAAAACACAAAGAAAAGUGGAGGGCUGCAGAUUCUGGGGAUGAGAAGGAAACAGAUGAAAGAGAGAACCAUGGAACAAAGAGAACAAAUCAGCCAACAGCGGAACAAGCACCUCAUCCGGAGACAAGUUCAGAAGUUGCAGAUAGUGAGGCUGCUCUAGCCCUAGCAAAUGCAACUCAAGAAAGGUUGGAACUUGAGAAUAAGUUAAUGGUCUUAGAGGCAAAAAAGGAGCAGAUGGAUACUUUGUUAAAGGAGCUUCAGUCUCUUAAAGAAGCACAAUUAAGAAAAGAAUCCUUAGACGCUGCUGGGGGUGCAAGUGCAAGUGUGAAUGAGUCCAAACAAGAAGAGGAUGAACCGCUUGCCACGACAUCUCAAAAGCUAGAUGAUGAGCGUAUCCUAGAGGCUCUAGAAGUUCACGAGAAACUAAAAAGCCUGCAAGAAGUGAGAGAUCGCUUGAGUCAGUUGCGGGAAUUGAUUGGUCAAUAUCAGCCAACUUUAAGUGAAGUGGACAGACCAGAGAAUGGGGCACAAGUUCAACCUGAAAGAGAGCGUCUCAGCUUACCCGUUCAGAGCACUGAGGAAGAGGAAGAAAUGGAAGGUGCAGUUGGAGGAGGUACUGGUGGAACCGACGAGGACUUAAGUAGCAUUGAGUGGAUGCUUAGUGCUGGUGUGGAAGACCCCGAUCUGAUGGCAAAAAUAAGGCAACUUCAAGAAGCAAGGGCUAGGGUUACUCACCUAUUUAAACAAACAAAUGAAAAUGUUCAGCCGUCACCCGCUAGGGUGAACAAUGAACCUGUGCCGACCCAGGCUGCAGAGGAAGAAUCUGAAGCAGAGACUCAGACAGACACUGAUGCUGAAAGUGCAGUGAGUGGUGGUAGUUCAAGUGUUAAUGCUUUAGCUUGGCAGGAUGAUCCUGAAUUUCAGGCUAAAGUCAGAAAACUGAAUUCUGCCAAGCAGAAGUUAAAACAGCUACAGGAACUUGUCAAGAAAAUACAGCAGUUUCCAGAAUCCUCUCCAACGCUGCCAGCAGAGUUGGCAGAGCUGAGUUUCGAUGAAGACGAUUUCGAUGAAGACGACGAUGGUGAUGAUGAUGAUGACGAUGAUGAAGCCGAGGAAGGAGAAGAAGAUGAUGACGAGGAUGGAGAUGAAAGCAACAGAUCUGAGACUUCAUAUGACAAUGAGCGAGGGAAUGUGCAGAACGAAGACGAAGAAGUUUCCACGGCUACCGAGGACGAAGAGGCUGGUGAAGAUGCCGCAGCUUCUGCAGCUCUUAACAGAAACAGAAUGUUGGAUCUUGAAGAGAGUGACCAGGAAGCAGUGUACCAGAGGUAUUUGCAGAAACAAACGGCAGAGCUUGAGCAACUGCAACAGGAAAGGCAAAGGUUACUGAAAGUUCAGGAAGAACUGGCCAGAAUAAGCAGACACACUGAAAAACACAAGACAGUGUCCACACAGACAUUUCAAGCUUCACAAGGAAAACCACAAAAACCCGUGACUGCGGGAAUAAUGCUCAGACCCGGUGCAUUUUCCACCAGCGGAGGUGCUCUCUCAAAGAGACCAGUCAUGAUCCAUGCACCAGUGAACAGGGAAAUUUCAACGCAGACCCCAUUUUACGGUUCUGACCUGAGGGUUGCAAGAUCUGUUGACUCAAGUGAACCUCCUAGAGCUCGUCCAAGUGCGUUAGUGUGGUCAGAACUGAGACGUCAGAGAGAGUUGCACGAGGAAAAGCUAAAGAAAAGAAAACAAAAGUUUUUAGAGAAGCGAAAGAAGUCGGGGCUCGAUGAUUUGUCCGAAGGUGGGACAUACUCUGUGAGGAGUGGAAGAAGUGGUGACAUCGAUGAAGGGUUUGGUGUGAGUAUGAUGAGUGCUGACAUUACCACCGCUACGUGGGGCGGCUCGACUCAGCCCAGCAGUACUCAGAAUGACUCAGCAGUAUCCGCGGAUGAAUCUGAUGAGGGGAACGAGGUAGCACAGAUCGCCGUAGAAGUAGAAGAUGAUUAUCCGGACGGAAUCGUCCAAGCUGAGGAGGAGGAAGAGGAGCGUCUUGAACCAGAGGCUUUCUCAGGAUCAGCUCAAGCUGUGUUUAGAAGCAGAGAGAGAGUCCCUCGUAUGACCGCAUUUAGAGGCAGUGUGGAUAGCACCUCUCAGCCCAGUAGUGGCAAGAAACGCAAGAUUGAUGGCACUACAAUAUCUGGUGGAGCACGAAAAAGGGAAAGAGAGAGAGGUCUCACUUUUGAAGACUGGCCAAGAACAUUCUACUUUGAUAGGAAUUCCCGAGGAAGAAUUAGACAAGAGAACUUCACGCCAGCUGAGCAGCUUAUCAAGGAGCGAGAACAGGAGCAGUUUAACAUGGAGAGGCAGGCAUGGGAGCAGCACUGCGAGCGUCUGCACCAGGAGGUGUCCGACCUCUCCACUCUGUGCAACGGACUCCUCAGGGAUCAACAGUUGCUGGUGUCUACAGUAAUUGGCAGGAGUGUUCCCACCGGACCUGCGGCAAGCCCGAAUCUGAGCAACAUCCCUGGACCUAGUCUUGGCGGCAAUCCAUUCGAGCAGUAUCAACAAAGGCAACAAGAAGCCUACCAAGGUCUUCAAAGCUUCUUUGAUCACCAGCGCUACAUGCAGCAACAGCACCAGAUACUUCAAAGCCUCAAUCAGUGUUAUUCACAGCUUCAGCAGCAACAUCAUGAUAUGGCGGCCCUUCAACAUCAAUUCCAGCAGCUGUUUACGUACAACCCCUCCACUGCGGCAACUGAACACAAUCCUUCACCACACAGACCUCAGACUGUGACUCCUAGCGUUUUAAACAAUGCUUCUCCCUCUUUCAUGAGUCUGCCAUCGCAUAGUGUUUUGCAGCCGCCAUUCUCUGCGCCUCUGGUUAGCCAGUCACCCUUUACCAGUACAUAUCGACCACCUUCAUCCGCACCUGUGUUUAGGACAUCUUGGUAUCCUCAGUUUGGUCAGCAAACCGCAUCUACUGAUCCUUCACGACAAUCUGUGCAGGAAACUUUCAGUGUUAACCCAGACACAGGCAUACCAAGUCCAAGGUCUUUUACACAACGUGGGCAUCCUGUUGAACCUGCUCCUUCUCCACCACCCACCUCGUCAGGCACGGCUAAUCCUGUAAUGGUAGUUCGAGAAGUGGGACCUAGCGCGACAGGAGGGGGUCUGUCUCCUGCUAAUGCUAGACUGGAACGGAAAUACGAUCCGAAUUCUUACAAAGAACUGACAUCAACAAGUGUAAAUGCAUCUAGAGCAGAGAGCAGCCCGGAUGUGAUUGGCCGCACGUUUAACACACCUAUGAGAGCAGCCGCUGCGGCCAGCCUGGCACAGAAAGAUAAAUCAGCCUCAAGGAGUGCAGAAUUCAGCUUAGCUCAAAAACUCGCUGCAGAAUCGGUAGAGACGUCUUCAAGAGCUUCAAGUGUGCCUGGAGAUGCACAGGACGUCGCAAAAGGGUCUUGGCAAGAGGCAGAUAGGGCCUCAGAGGCAGGCAGUGAGUUUUCACUUUUUGAGGCACUCAGAGACUCUAUUUACUCCGAAGUGGCAACACUCAUUUCUUUGAACGAAUCCAGACCACAUUUCUUGCUGGAACUGUUCAGAGAACUACAGCUAUUAACAUCCGAUUACUUAAGGCAGCGUGCACUGUACGCCCUACAAGAUUUGGUAACAAGAUUUUUAACUGAGGACUCAGUAGGUGCUGAAGGAGGGCCCCUGGAGCAAGCACGAUUUCAGGAAUGGCUAGGCUCCAAUUCAGAACUAACUCCAAGUGAAACGGUGGAGACUUUUGAAGACGACGAAUCCGAGACAAGAGAGGCUACAGUCCCAGCCGAGACCGUCACAGAAGGAAUCUAUGAUUAUGCAGAAAACGUCGAGUCAGGUAGCACCCUCUCCACUCCUACAUCUAGUCACACUGGCGAGGCACCCUUCGCGUCUGAAGGUCUGGGAGAUACUGUCAUUCACCUCGACAAGGCUCUGAGCAGGAUGCGUGAAUAUGAGAGACUGAGAACUGAAGGGAAGCUGACUGAACUUGUGUCUGGUUCUGCCUUGUUAAAAGGGGACAAACACGUCAAAGACGACGUCACCACCAGCUCUGCUGGAGACGUGGGAAGCGAAUCUUCCAUAUCGGAUGUUCAGUAUCCAAGAAUUGACACUCAAGCGCUGGACCACCUCAUAAAGUCAAUCAUGUCGGAGGUGAUACCCUGUUUGAAUGAACACAUGGAGGAUACAUGCACAUCUGAACUGCUGGGUUAUAUAAGAAGUUUGGUGUUAUCGCGGAUUCAAGUCAAUGAAGAUCAGGAGUUUGGAAGGUUCUUUCACAAGCAGCUGGCUUCCAUUCUUCAGGAUUCUUUAUCAAGAUUUACGGAUAGAACAAUGAAAGACUGUGGCGAGGAUAUGCUUGUCGACAUGUCUGAGAUUUUGUUUAACGAGUUGGCGUUUUUCAGGCUUAUGCAAGACCUAGACGGAGGUCGUGGAGCAAGUCAAAGACCAACGUGGCGACAGGGAUUUGAUUCUGCGAGCACGGACACUGGAACCGGUCAGGACGGAGACAAAGAGGACGAUGAUGAUACUGAAGAAAAAGAGAAUAAUCCGCCCGAAGACAGUGCUGUGGAAGAGGAGGGUGUAAGCGCUGCCGAUGAACGCGAAGAGGCAGAGGGCGAGGAAGAGGAACAAGAAGAUGAUGUGAGCAGCGAGGAGUCUUCAUCAGAAGAGUCAGGCGCUGAAGAUGAUGGUGCAGAUGACGAAGGACCGGAAGAUGAAGAGGAGGAAGACGAAGCUGCUGCAGCCAUGCCAAUCUCUAAGGAGCAACAAGAAGCUGAGGAAGAAGAUCUUGGAAAGGUUCGUUAGGGACUGUCUGCUAGGGACUGUACCUGUUUUGAGUACGCUGUAACUUUGAUUAAAAUGAGUUAAAUAACUAUGAAGAAGCUAUACCAUUAU